CAGAAAACGCAAACAAAUACUCACACAUAUACACAUACAUAUACAUACAAAUAUUGAUCAGCUCAGUUGCUUGACGUUUCGUCAUCAACUGAAACUGAAGCUGCGAUCUCGGAAGCGUGUCCAAUUGCAACGCUUGCCAACAACAAUAGAACAACAUGGAACGCUCGCAUAGCUGCAGCAAUUUUGUGGGGCCAGCUGAGUCCACUGAGACAACGACUGCAGCUUCAGUAGCAGCUAAUUGCAACUCGAGCGAAAAUUUGGCCGCAAACUUUCCACCCAACAAGCCGCUGCGGAAGCGACGGAAGCUGCAGCGUCAACAGUCCAUUAUAUUGGAUGAUGUUGCCGAUCCUCCAAUCUCAAAUGAGCCCCUGCGCCUGUCCCACUGCGAAUGCUCCUUUGACGUCCAACUGGAGCAGCAUGACGAUUGCCGCUGCCGUCUGCGUCACGAGGAGUCUUUCGACUCAGCGCCGGGGGAGCAACUGAGUCCGCAGUCCAUACGGCUACAGCGUUUUAGCACGCUGCUCCUACGUGAUAGCUCCGUAUCCAUGCAAUCCGAUUCGAGCCGUUACUCAAGCGUAGAUAGUUUGUUGGAGUCACGAAAACCGGAUCCCGAGGCAAUACUCAUCAAUCUUGGCUUUGGGUCAGCGGGCACUGAUGAUCUGCUGUCGCGCAUACCAAAGCGCUUUCUUAAGCCCUCCAUGGUACCUGGCAUUGAUACGGAUGCGUUUGUAAAGCGACUGCAGCUGGCCAGAUCGCUGGCCGACUCCAGCGCUUUGGGCUAUCGAGGCUUAACGUCCAGCUCGGAUCAGCCGCCCUCGAGCAUUGUGGCGAAAAUUAUGGAACGCUUCGAGGUGAACAAUCAACGUAAGAACUCGAUGGGUCAUAUUGCUCAUACGAUACGUUGAACGCGUUGAUCGUUAAUUACUUGAAAGUAUUUUCCAUAUUCCAUACACUAUUAUUAUUAUUAUUAUUAUUACUGUUGUUUUGUGAUGUUUAUCUUGUCCAUUAGAUGUUAUUUGUGCCGCGUACUUAGCUUUUAUACAAACGUAGAUACAUAAUUAGCUAUAAGCAAAAUGCAUUAGUUGUAAGCUUACUAAGCAUCUCCCAAAUAAAAGGUUUUUCCUGUCAUGUGUGUUGCCUUAAA